UGGAUAAAUGGUCAUCUCGCGAUGUUGCGCUACUCAAUCCGGUGCGGUGUGGCGGCGGUGCGGUGCUGCCUCGUGAUGCUCGUCGCUCCACUGCUCUAAAAUAAAACUAAAAAUCUGGAAGGAAAGAAAGUAUUGGUUGUGAUGUAAAACAAAAUGUGAACGUAGGUCCGUUUCGUUGGUGUUAUUAGUUCAGCUGUACUGGUCACCGCGAGUUGUGGACUGUUGUCGUGCUAGUUGGUGGACGUGCUACAGACAUGGAUGUUACCAAGUUCCUCACGGUGCUGGUGGUGCUGUGCCUCGAGGGAGGCGAGACUGGAGGCGGAGGGAAACACCAUGACCACGUGCGAUUGCACAUACCGGAGUUCAUUCAUCAUGAUCACCAUAAGAAAGUAAUAACGAUUCAUCAUCAUCACCACAAGCCAAAGAAAGAACAUCAUCAUCAUCACCAUCAUCACCACAAACCACAGAUACCACAUGGGCAUCAUUACCACCAUCAUCAUAAGAAAGUUCAUACAAAGACACUCACAGAAACGAAAGGGAAACAUCACGGUCAUCAUCACGGGCACAAACAUGGCCAUCACGGUCAUCAUGGACAUCAUGGUCAUCACGGUCAUCACGGGCAUCACGGUCACCAUGGUCACGGACAUCAUCAUGACGCACCAGUCGUGCCAAGCUUCUCUUACACUCCCAGCGCUAUUCCUUCUUAUGAAGACGACUAUUCUCAGUCAUAUUCCCCACCAGUACCAGCUUAUGGAGGCAUCCCGAGCACUACACACGACUUCUCCGCUGUUCAGAGCCCUCGAGUGCAUGGAGUAACUCACACAGUAAAACAAGUGAAGGUGUUUGACUCUCUUCCUGGCGCAUUACCCAACGUUGGUGGCGGUGGUCACGGCUACGAGGUGACGGAGGAAGGCGAGGAGGAUGACGAUGUGUUCACCACCGUCAAUCAGCUACAGAACAGAUUCCCGGCGACAUUCGGCUACGUCCGCAGUGCUGCUGCAGAGCCGACAAACGAUCCAUAUUCUGAAUUAACUCAGAGCGCGAUUCCAACACAAUUCGCAGCAGCUCCAGUGCCUACGACAGCACUCUCUGAUGGAAUUGAGACUUUUACUGGUUCUGUGCAGAGUGAUCCGUUUGCGUCCUCUGCUCCAACACAGGGUAUAGGCUUACCCAGUGCCCAGCCAUCAGCUGACUACCCUGUAACGUUCCAAGCUGAGGGUUUUGAUGGUCAACUAAACUCGUUUACUGGCUCCGAUGGUAAAGACGGAUCCUUCAUUUCCCACGAGGAGAACAAUAUUUCUGAUGAUACUCCCGUGACAUUCACCAGGGAGGCUGGUAUACAACAAACCACUAAUACGGGCAACGUUGAGACCCUAGUUUAUUAGAUUAAUAAGUAAUUUAAACUUAUCGGUACUGUUAAUAAUGGGAACUUAAAUUCAAAGCUACUGAUAGUUUCGCAAUGACGUGAUUUCAAGCUCAUGAUUUAUUAUUUAAUGAUAUCUAUUAUUCAGUGAAUGACUAAUUCUUAAACUAAAGAUAAAAACGAAAGCACAGUCACGCAAUAAAUAAAGCGUUCAACAACAAUAGUUAGUACAAAGAAUUGAAUAGAAGGAAGUAUCUUUAAUUGCAAACUACAUACAUAGGUAUUUGAUUGUUAUUCAGUCUGUCAGUAACAGCUGUAACUAUCUAUUCAGGUAUUGAAAGCUCUUAUGUCACCAAACUACUUGCAUAGUAAUUUACUACACCCCAAAUAGUAAACGACGUCGGCUGAUUCGACUCGCCCUAGAUCCGUAGUUGCGCAAGUUGUUAAAAAAACGUUUUUUUUGACUGUCAACGUAACUGUAGCAGAAUAAUUUAAUAAGAAAAAAAGAUCUAUUUAAGUGUUGUGUAACUGGAGACUAGUUAGUAAUAAGAAAAACAUGUAACAGUUGUGUUUGUCUGGGAACGUUUUGUGUGACUAAGAAUUCAUGGAUUCUUCACUCAAUUUGUCACAACAUGUAUUAUUUUGACGGCAUUAUAUUAAGCUGUUUAUUACGCCUUUUUUAAGAUGGAUAAAAUCAAUAAUUUCUACUUCUUCAGACUCUUACUGGCUAAGAACCACCUCGUUCCUACUCCUGCUCUUUGAGCUGGAGCCCCGGAAAACCCGCUAGGCAGACGCGAACAACUUUGGCCUAUAUUAACGUAACUGUUAUUCAACGUAAUUUUUUUCUUCAUAUCAAUUCAAUUUCAAACAUGUUGCGCAAAUAUGGUAUGAUGUACUUUCAAUAAUGAGUUCAUUUAAGUUUCUUUAUUUACAUAUUAUUUUUUCUUAUACUAGACUUGUAGUGUUAAAUAGCAAAAUAUUUCCCAUUAUUUAGCUCAUUAACAUGAGUACCUUAGUAUUAGUAUAUUUUAGUUUAGAAAUUAUUAUUGUUUUAGUACUUAAGUACCUAUUUUUGUAUUCCCUACCGAUAUACCAAUGAAUUGUUAUUGUUUAGUUAUUUAAUGUUAUUGUUAAACUUUGUUACUUUGGUGAUAUUAUUUUUGUUACAUAAAAUAAACGUUAGAAAUGUU